CAAAGGCAAAAUGGAAGUAGAAUUGAGUAGCACGAGCGAUGAUCAUGAUAAGAUUUUUUAAGCAAGCAUUCAGAAUGUCAACAAUACAAUGUCAAGCAUGUACUAAAGAAAAUCUUUCAUCCAACAAGCGAUGUGAUGCUUGUUUCAGACAUUUACAUGAUCCUGAAUGGAGAUGUUAUGAUCACAACUGUUUUCAAUGGAAUGCUGUCACAGAAAAAAAGUGCUCCAAAUGCGGAAAGUCUAGGACAGAUAGUGGUGGGAAAGGGAAACGUCCACGCUCUGCCGAUCGUCUAGCUAGGGAUAAAAAUUACAAAGAACCUGUGAAGAACAUUUUUUUAGGUGUUGAUGAUAGACAUAGGAGACCACAUUCAGCCGAUAAUCGUUUAGCAUCACGAUGGAAAUGUUGCCAUUGUACAUUUUUUAAUGGUGUUGAAGAAGAUAUUUGUGAAAUGUGUAGUCACAUAAAGGGUCAAUGCUGUAAUGCUCUGAAACUUUGGAAAUGUCAUCUAUGUGACAAUUUUAAUUCUGAGGAAUUUUACAGGUGUAGCUUUUGUUCAAAGAAAAGAAAAGCUCCAGAUUCACCUAGACCUACAAAUGGCUCAGAUAAAUUGAAAACAAAACAAGAUGAAAAACAUUCAACUGAUCAUGACAGGAAGAGUCCAUUGCCUGGUGGAGACAAAUGGACUUGUGAAAGAUGUUCUUUAACUAACAGCAGUUCAAGCAGACUUUGUGAAGCAUGUGGUUUUGGUAAACCUAGAGUUACUGGGAUCAACUUUACUGACAGACCCAAAUCUAAGCCUUUAAGACAUGAUCUCAGGGAAUCAAUCCGAGCUAAGGAUUUGAGGACCAUUAAAACAAAACAAGUUGAAGCUAAAUGGAAAAUUAUUGUAUCAAACUGCCAAAAGGAAAAGAUAGAUUUCACAGAUAAGGAAUUUCUACCAAAUGACUGUUCCCUCUUCAAACAUCCAAGACCUGGUGGCAGCAACAUAAAAUGGCUGAGGUUAAAAGAUGUCAAAGAUAUGGAUUGGAAAGGUCCUAUACAUUGGAAAGUCUAUGACAAACCCACAGCAAAUGAUAUUGUACAGGGAGAAAUUGGAAACUGCUGGUUUAUAUGUGCAUUAGCUGUUGUGGCUGAGAGAAAGAACCUAGUUGAGAGAAUUGUUGUUACCAAAGAUUAUUGUCCUGAAGGAGCAUAUGUUGUACGACUCUGUAAAGAUGGCAUCUGGAAAACUGUUGUCUUAGAUGACCACUUCCCAGUAGAUCAGUACAAAAGACUGAAAUAUUCUAAGGCAAGAAGAGGUCAGUUAUGGGUUCCAUUGAUUGAGAAGGCGGCAGCUAAGAUACAUGGAUGUUAUCAAGCAUUAGGAGCUGGUAGGACUGUGGAGUCCUUGUCAUUACUUACUGGUGAACCAUGUGAACAUCUGUCCUUGAAUGAAAACAAAGAUUUUUCAAAGACCAUUGAUAACAUGUUGAUCUGGUCAAAGUUGACACAUGCAAGAGAUUGUGGGUAUUUGAUGUGUACAUCAUGUGAAGCUAAAGAUGGAUUCACUCAUGAAUAUUGUAAAUCACUUGGACUAAUUACCAGUCAUGCUUACUCUCUACUAGAUGUAUAUGAUAUGGACACUGGAGAAAAGUUACUCAAAAUCAGAAAUCCAUGGGGUAGUGAAUCAUGGAAAGGUGAUUGGAGUGAUAGCUCUUCAAAAUGGCAGAAAGUCAAACCAGAGGUCAAAAAGAAACUGAAACCAGAUGGAAACAAACAUGGAACAUUCUGGAUGGAGUUCAAGGAAUUUAGAAAGUAUUUUGGUUCUGUAGAAAUUUGUAAAACAAGAGACUGGCAUGAAACAAGAGUCAAAGGAUCUUUUCCAUCAACUGCUGAUGGACCAUGGAAGUUUGUUAAAGUUUAUGUCCAGAAGAAAACAGAUCUUUGUAUAGGACUACACCAAAAAAAUAAACGAGGUAACCAUAGCAAUGAGGACUUUGUUGACAUGUUAAUAGUGGUGAUGGAAGUUCUGGAUGGUAGAAAGAUGAGAACUGUGGGUCAUAGUAAGAGAGACAUCAAAAGUUAUGUGGGAUGUGAAAUAGAACAUCUUCAAAGUGGAGUAUACACCAUUGCAUGUCUGGCUUUUAAACAUUUAGACGGAGGAAAACAUGGAAUCAAUCUUCAGCGUGAUUUUGUCCUUACACUUCACAGUACACAGAAUAUUGUGGUAGAAGAGAAUAACUCUAUUAAUGCUGGCUACAAACACUUCCUGGCCGAUACCCUAAUACAGUUAGCAGUUGAUAAAGGAGAAAGAAAGACUUUGAAGGGUAAUACUGGAACCUAUACUCUUUCGCUGGAUGGAUUAAUAUUCAUAGUUGAAAACAAAGACAAAAAGCAGUAUACUGCAAUAGAGGAAGAUUGUUCCAAAUCAACGAAUCUGAUUAGCACCAGGGGUUUUAUGUUGACACAAGAUGUAAUACCACCAGGACAUAGACAGCUGAUAUUUUUAUUGACAAGAAUAAACCAGAGAUCUGGAUACUGCGUCCAAUAUGUCUCAUCAUACAUCAGUAGUAGUUCCUCGACAUUGGACUACUAUGGCCACAAGACAAAAAGUCAUCUACCAGAGAUUCCAAGGGAACUAGAAUGCUUACAUAUACCUAGACCAAUCAGAUAAUGUACUUUGAAUUUCAUAUAAUUUUGCAUAAUUGAGAUUUGAAUUCACCAUUUUAAAAUCAAUAGGACUAUAGAUAAUUUAAUUGUUUGUACCCCAAAAUUAAAAUAAUGUCAUGCCAUUAAUUAAAUUGCCAUUGUUUAGGAUCUACAUUUUGGUGAAUGCUUUGAAAAAAAACACAGAAUAACUGAUAAUGUUGUUUUUUUCCCUUCAUAUCUUUCCUUAAGAAAAUAAUUUUCUUUAAAAAGGUUUUGAACUUGAGCUUUUAUUUUUUUCAUGAAUACAUGAACUGUGAAUUCAUUAAUAUUUGUGGGAUGCUCAUUUUUGUGGAUUUUGUUUGUAUAGAUGAAACAAUUUAAUUAUUCAACAAAAUUAAAAUUCCUAUAGGUUUGUAUGCAGAAUUUGACAAAAUCAGGAAAGCAAGUUUACACAAAAUACAAUUUUACUUCAAUCCAUGAAAAUUGGUCUCAUCCAAACUAAGUGAAUCCACAGUAACCACCAUAUAUUAUAUGGCAAAAUAUAGUUGUCCUUUCAUGUCCAUCACAAUUUAUUUUCUAACCAAAUUUUUAUUGGAUUGUCAAUUAUCCAUGUCUAAUUUCUAUAAAUAUUUGAAUAUUCAUUUAUUUAAUGCAUGCUCUGGUCAACACUUUUACAUCCCAAUAAAAUUACUAAAAGAAGCAUUCAAUUUUUAUAAUUACAUUUUUAUGCUACAACCAUGAAAUUAUGAGUUAUAGCUAAUUUUUCAUUUGUUUUUAUAUUCAUUGUUGUGAAGUUGUCAUGAGAAGCAUGUGCUGUCAUGAAGGUUGAAUUUUAUUGAGAAAUAAAAUUUGAUAUUGUAAUGCCUUGCGAUUGCUUUCAGUCAAUCAAUAGAAUGGAUUCUUAUAUGAAACAUACUUGAAAUGUGAUUAUAUUAAGAUAUCAGGUGAUUUUUGGCUUGAAACAUUGAUUUGUUGAGCCUUCGACUUCUGUCGCAGAAAGCAAGACAUAGGGAUAGUGAUCUGGCGGCCAAGGCAGCAUUAACUAACUACUUAAAAGCUUAAUAUUUUAGAAGAAAGAAGACCUGGAUGCUUCAUACUUAGUAUAUAGAUGCCUUAUGUUAUGAAGUUUCUGUCUGUCGUUUGUCCAUUGUCCUUGACCUCAUUUUCAUGGUUCAGUGACUACUUGAAAAGUUAAAAUUUUUUGUAAUGUUAAUUUCUCUCUUAUUAUGAGUGAUAGGAUAACUAUAUUUGGUAAAUGCAUACCUUGCAAUGUCGUCAUGCCUGUCAGACAGUUUUUACUUGACCUCAAUCUCAUUUCAUGUAUCAGUGAACAAGGUUAAGUUUUCGUGGUCAAGUCCAUAUCUCAGAUACUAUAAGCAAUAGGUCUUAUGGCAGGUGUCAUCUGACCUUGACCUCAUUUUCAUUGUUCACUGGUCAAAAUUAAGUUUUUGUGUUUUGUUCUGUUUUUCUAAUAUUACAUGUAUGCAACAGAUCAACUAUAUCUGGUGUAUGGAAAUAUUUUAGGAUGUACAUGUCAGUUGGCAGGUUUUUUCUUACCUUGACCUCAUUUUCACAGUUCAUUGCUCAAUGUCAAAUUUUAAUACGAUCGCAAAAAAAUUUUGGGGUCGUAUAAUGCUAUCACGUCGCCUUCUGCUUCGUCGUCGUCGUCCGAAGACAUUUGGUUUCCGGACAAUAACUUUAUGUGUAUGGAUCUCUAUGAAAUUAAACAAAAGGUUCAAUACCACAAAAGGAAGGUUGGGAUUGUUUUUGGGGGUGAUGGUUCCAACCGUUUAGGAAUUAGGGGCCCAAAUGGGGCCCAAAACAAGCAUUUUUCUAGUUUCAGGACAAUAACUUGUGUUUAAGUAUUGUGAUUGCCCUGAAAUAUGUACCACAAGUAGAAGGUUGGGAUUCAUUUUGGGGGUAGUUGCCCAAACCAUUCAGGAAUUAGGGGCCAAAAAGGGUAUAAAACAAGCAUUUUUUUUAAUUUUCAGGCAAUAACUUGUGUUUAAGUGUAUAUAUUUUUCUUAAAUUGCACCACAUUUUACAAAUAGAAAAUUUCUUCAAAUGAUAUUUUUUUCUAUUUUUUUCGAAUAGGGGGGGGAGGGGGGCAAAAAAAAAAAAAUUUUUGGAAGGAGUUGCAAUUUUUUUCCCUCAAGAUUAAAGAAAUUAUAAAGAUUUCUUCAAAUAUUAUUAUUUUUUUUUUUUUUUGGAAAAGGGCGGGGAGUAGAAGUUUUUAUAGGGGGGUCAAUUUUUUUCCCUCAAAAUUUAAGAAAUUGUCAAUUUUCCAAAGAAAAAUUGGGGGUCACAAUUUAUUUGGCUAAUUCUUUGUAUAUAGUCUGAAAACAGAUUUACUAAUUAUAGCGCAACAGCACAGUCUAUUGCACAAAAGCAAGAAAUCUUCAAUUGAAUAUAAAUUCAAAUCAUAUAACCAAUUUCAAGUUCUUUGACUACAUUUAUUCUGUGUCAGAAACCUAUAAAGUGUCAAAUAUUUAAUUACAAUCCUAAUUCAGACCUGUAUGAAGCUUGAAUAUUGUGUCCAUUUUUGCCCCGACUGUUCAGGGUUGGACCUCUGCGGUUGUAUCCAGCUGCGCUAGGCCAAGCAGUUUAUUGUGUUUUGGUCUGCUUUUCUUAAACUGUAAGCAAUAGGUCAACUAUAUUUGAUGCAUGGAAUGAUUGUUAAGUGUACAUGUCUGUCUUGCAGGGUUCAUCUGACCUUGACCUCAUUUUCAUGGUUCAUUGGUCAAUAUAAAGUUUUUAUGAUUUUGUCUGUUUCUUGUAUACUACAAGCAAUAGUUCCAUAUAUUGGGUGUAUGGAAUGAUUGUAAGGUGUACAUAUAUUUCUUUCUUGAUUUAUCUGACCUUGACCUCAUUUUCUUAGAUCAUAAAUGUUAAUGUGAUACUUGUAGUGAAACUUUAUAUUUAAGACUAUCAACAUAAAAUCAAUGGUAAGCAAAGCAGGCAACACAUUUCAGCGUAUGCACUCUUGUCUAAUUAGUAGGAUCUGGGAGUUGAUGACACCCAGAAUGCUCAUAUGGAACUUGGAGAAUUAUAAGUUAACGUCACAUAAGGCAAGAUGUUUCACAAAAGAAAUAUUGAUAUAAGUAUAUAUAUAUUUUUUUUUUGUUGGUCCUGGUAUAUAUUCAUGAUCAGUAUUGUCUUAGACCAUAUCUAUUCAAAUAAUACUUGACAAUUCAGUUCUAUAAUGAUGGUUUUGAGAAAAAAAAGUAAUGGAAAAGGGUAUAUAUAUUUGUGUGUGUUUUUCUAGUCUCACAGCAUUAUAAAUGCUUUUUGUUACUUUUAUACUAUAUGACAUUCCUGAUUUGUAAUCAAUAAUAUUGAUAUAUUUACAUUAUGCAUAAUUGAUUUUUAUAUGCUUUUAACUUACGGUUUUUAAUUGUCAUAUAUCCAUGGUAUUUGACCUCAUUUAUAUGGUUCAGUGACUGCUUAAACAAAUUGUUAAGUUUUUUGUUACAUGAGAUUGUCACUUAUUGUUAGAGAUACAAUAACUAUACAUUUUGUAUUGGGGAUCCUUGCAAGGUCUGCAUGUCUGCCAGACAAUGUUCAUCUGACAUGAUUCAUUUGUCAAUGUUAACUUUUAAUGGUUAAGUCUGUUUUUCAGAAACUUUUUUAGCAAUAUGUUGAUUAUAUGAAAUGAUUGCAAGGAGACUGGUCUGUCUGGCAGGAUUCAUCUAACCAUGACCUCAUUUUCGUGGAUCAGCAGUCAAUGUUUAGUUUUUAUGAUUAGGUCUGUUUCUCAGAUACUAUAAGCAAUGAUUCAUAUAUAUUUGGAGUAUGGAAUGGUUGUAUAAUAUACAUGUCGGUCUUACAGAAUUCAUUUGUCCUUGACCUCAUUUUCAUGGUUCAACGGUCAAUGUAAAGUUUUGUGGGUUGGUCUGUUUCUCAGAUACCAUAUGCAAUGGGUUAAAUAUAUUUGGGGUUUGUAAUGAUUGUAAGCUCAAGGUGUUCAUGUUUGUCAGGCAGGGUAUACUAACACUACAAAAGAAAAAUUCUGAAAAAUAUUUUACAACUUUCUUGAGCAAGUUUAUUAGUUUAUUAUUUAUUAAGAUAUUUACAUUUAAAAUUUUGCAUUAUAUUUAUAUAUAUGGAGUAAACAGAGUAUAUACAUUUUUUAUUGGUCCUGGUAUAUAUUCUUGAUCAAUUGUCUUAUGACGUUUUAUGAGUUGGAGCCACUCCAGGUAACAGCUAGAUAAUAACUGGAUAGUAUCAUAACUAUAUCUCAUUUAUGCUUGGAAAUAAGUUAUAUAAUGAGUGUUUUGAUAAAAGCAGUGGUAGAAGGUAUAUUUUUGUGGGUUAUUCCAGUCUCAUAGCAUUGUGAAUGUUUUUGUUACUCUGUUGUUAUAUGACAUUCCUCUUUUGUUUUCAAGAAUAUUUAUAUAUUUACAUUAUGCAUAUUUAUUAUGUAUGUUAUUAUUUAUUGUUAUAUUAUAAUUAUAAAAACAUGGAAUUUCAGAUCUUUUUAAAAGAAACUUAUAUUUUGUAAUAUAAUAUGAGAUAAAAUUUCCAUGCUUCAUAUUUUUGUUCCAUCAGUUUUAUUGGAUAGAUGCAUCAGAACCAUUCAUGUUAGACAAGGUAAAGAAAUGUUCUUCCAAGAAUCUUCUGAAUGGAUCCUUUCAAAAGCACUGUUCUUUUAUUUUGAAUUUUGAGAUGCAUUAAUAGUCAAUUAUUACCAAUAUGAAUGCCAUGUGUGCAAUUUAGGCUAGAGCCUUUUGUUUUUUAAUUAAUAUAAAUAAAGAUCUGAAAUGUGUUGCUUUAAUUCAUGCUAAUAUCAUAGUUUUGUAUUAUCAAAUUAAAUAUUAUACAUUUAUUUCCCAUGCCUGAGGGAGUUAUGAAGAUUUGUUCACCCAAGAAUAUUCAUAUUUCACGAGGGCUCUGCCCCAGGGAAAUAUGAUUUUUUGAGGGUGAGCAAAUCUUCAUAUCUCCCGAGGCAAAGGGAAAUGAAUGUUUCAUUCCACUGCCUAUGCUUUGUUAACUAUCAAUACAUUAAUUAUUAUUUUGCAUACAUUUUUUUUUCUUAUCCGCUUGUUUUUAUAAGUUAAACUAAACAUGACAUACACCUUGAUAAACAGUACGGAUCAAAAGUUCAUUAUUAGUCUUUUUUUUUGUUUUAUCAUCUGAAAUAAAUUUGAAUAUGAUAAUGAUUUUUGCUAUCACUAUUUUAAGAAGAAUAAGAAGUUCAAAACGUUAUGUACAUUAACCGCGUGUAACGUCGCACGAUGUAAUCCCAACAUUUCAGAGGGGAAUAUGAUCCUCAGAAGGGAAUAUGAAGAUUUGUUCAAUGACACGUGAGAUAGUCUCAACCAAUCAAAUAUUGAUUAAACUAUCAAUAUGUAUAAACAGUGGAAUAAUAUUCAUUAUGCAUUAUUUACAUUACUGUACACUUACCUGUGAUAAAGUAUAUUUUUUAUUACUUAUGUUUUGGUAUUUGAUAUUUAUAUUACCAUAAAUAAACAUAUAUAUUUUGGAAGUUGGAACAUUAAUUAAAUUCAUAUAAUCAG